CACAGGACGCAUUGGACUUUUUUUUCCUCCUCACUAUCGACACACAACAAGGAGAAGCAGGAUAAAGAUGGGCGUCAAAUUCCCCUGGGAUUCGUUUUAAGACAGUUAUUGAUCCAAAUGACUCACUUCAAACUACUUAAGAAAAACUUGUUUAAAAAGGAGGACUGACCCAUUUCUUCCCUUAUUCUGCUCCAAGUUUUCUCGCACAGUUCAGCAGCCUAUGAAAAGGAAUAAUGCGACUUACGCGCGGUUGAUGCCUCCGAGAAGCCACCCCUAUCCUCAUGUGCCCGUCUGUCUGACUUUAGAACCUGUGUUAUUGCCAGACUCCGACCGCAGACAAAGAGAGGAGGAAGACUCCGAUGGAAAAUCAUGCAGCACUUUGAACCCAUGGAGACAUGGCACAUAGGUUCCUCUCACCUACUAAUAGAUUCAGCGCCAGAUUCGCCUUCAUAUUCACUGUGUCACUGUCCUGCACCUACUUAUGCUACAGUAUUAUUUUCUGUCGCAGCACAAUCAUGACAAACCAGGGUUACGAGGGGAAAAGAUGCCCGCCGACCAAGAACGCGGGAGGGAAGAAACUUCUUGGAAAAUUAGACAAUUGCGCUUCGCUGGAAGUGAGGUCCGCUCUGGAUGAGUCUGCUGCCCAGCGGGGCUCAAGUGAUCUCCGCGACCAAAGUAAAGCUCCUGCUUCGUCUGGAAGUCACUGGGCUGACAUGAAGUUGAGAAAUAUGAGCGUUGCGCAAAAAUAUGGGAAUAAGAAGUUGCCUAAUGCGUUGAUAGUCGGUGUAAAGAAAGGAGGCACCAGGGCGGUGCUGGAGUUCAUCCGGAUACAUCCAGAUGUGCGCGCACUUGGAACAGAGCCGCACUUUUUUGACAGAAACUAUGACAGAGGACUUGACUGGUACAGGGGACUAAUGCCACGCACACUAGACAGCCAGAUCACAUUAGAGAAGACACCCAGCUACUUUGUCACCAGAGAGGCACCCAGACGCAUCUCCAGCAUGUCCCAUGAGACCAAACUGAUCGUUGUGGUGCGUAACCCAGUCACAAGAGCCAUCUCUGACUACACACAGACUCUUUCAAAGAAGCCAGACAUCCCUACGUUUGAAGAGCUGGCCUUUAAGAACAGAAGCCAGGGUAUCGUGGACACUUCCUGGAACGCCAUACGGAUUGGGAUGUACAUUCUGCACCUGGAGAACUGGCUGCAGUACUUUCGCCUGUCGCAGAUGCACUUUGUGAGCGGGGAGCGGCUGAUCACAGAUCCGGCAGGGGAAAUGGGCCGUGUUCAGGACUUUCUAGGACUGAAACGAAUAAUCACGGACAAGCACUUCUACUUUAAUCGAACCAAAGGCUUCCCCUGUCUGAAGAAGCCAGAGAGCAGCAGCCAGCCACGCUGCCUGGGCAAAUCCAAGGGCAGGACUCACGUACAGAUCGAACAGGAGGUCAUAGAGCAGCUGCAGGAGUUUUAUAGGCCAUUUAAUAUCAAAUUCUUUGAAACUGUGGGGCAAGACUUCAAGUGGGAUUGAGAGUGCCAUACAGAAACAGUGCUGUUUUUUAAAAUGGCUACCUCUGGAGAGAAGUAUAAAUGAGGGUAUCUUCAACAAAGGUUUAUUGAGCUAUGUAUACACCGACAAAAUAAAACAGGAGAAUAUACUACUCAUUAAAAUAUAAUCAUAUCAAUGGUUUCACAUCAUGUUCGGUUUUAGGUUGGGUCAUUCUGAUAAGUGCCAUUUCUUUAAAGAUAUAUAUACAGAACUAAGUUUCUUUACCAUAAACAUGACAUAUGAAUUCAUCAACAGCCAACAAGCAUUUAUACAUUAACCAAGUCAUUACCCAGCAUCAUUACAAUGCUGUUCUGUCAUUUAGCCAAACCUGACCUACAUUUAAGGAGCUGUACAUAACAUUCAAAGCUAUAAUUCAGAGUCUGAUUCAGGCUGUCUGCACACAUCUCUCUACAUAGAAAAGGCUGAACAAAUGGUGAGCAACUAACAGUGCUAACUCCAGAAACAAAGCUACCAAUGUCAACAGUGCUGACAAAGCUAACA